AUGGAUAUACGUCGCCUAAAUUGUGCCCUCCUCUGUCUAGCCAUCACCUUCACAGUAAUCGCCCUGGCCACCAACCAAUGGGACGGUGGGAAUUUGCUGCAAAAUAACCGCCACGACGCUGCCCUCGCUGUCGGCUCCCUGCUCUGCGUGGGCGUCAUUCUGCUCAGUGUUGCGCUCAUUAUCAACAUUGUCCAGUUGUGUCUGGAUACGAAGUCGGGGGCACUGCAUUUGGCCUUCCUCGUCACGCUGUUCAUCGGCGCCACAGCCCUCCUCAUUGGCAUCCUCGUCUACACGGGCAUUUUGUCGAAGCAGUGGUCCUUCUUCGUUGCCGUCGUGGGCUGCACCUUUGCCUUGCAUGUCGCCAUCUUGUCUGCGGCCUUCAGUAAGUGCACCAUCAAGCAUUCCUCAACCACGCAUCGAUCCGGUCGAGUAAUCCGCACGCACUGA